GCUGUCAAACGUCAAGCGGCAUCUCUCUUUGCGUUAGAACUAAACUCGCACCUGUUUUGACACAGUUGUUAUUACCGUAGUCCAUCUUUCUCUUUGUUUGAUCCCGCGCGAAGCGCACACAUCGCGAAGUAGUUUAUCAAGCAAUGUGACGCAACGUCUUAAUCGUGAACUAUAUUUGAAAUUCCCAUUUUACUCGUGAUGUAAGCACUUUUGUCACUGACGUCACUUCAAAUAUCACGUGGACCACAUGUUCGAUUAUUAUUAUUAUUAUAGUUUACAUCGAUAGAGAGAGAGAGAGAGAGAGCGGCGAUUAGUCAGUGAUUGUUGAAGAAUGCGCAGCACGAUGAUUUGUUUCAUCUCAUACAGAUAAUUCGCAACUAUUAAUUGAUUUGCGUCCAGUGUGUGUCAUCAUUGCAGUUGACGACUUUGCGUCGCUCGCUUACCCACGAAAAUAAAAACUCCAAUUUUCGAGGAUAUUCGUUUCGGAGGAUCAACUUCAGAUGUCAACUAUCAAUGAUGACUUUGACAGACCGUUCGAAAACGUUGAACCGUUACAAUGGAGCGCGUUGCGAGAGGUGUGUAACGCCAACAUAGAUUAUUUCACAUCUCAUCAGGAUGAGAACGGGGUCAGAAUCAAGGCCGCUCUCCUGGCGAUCCUGGAUCAUCUGGAUCAAGCCCAACCUUUGUACAGAGAUAUAACAAAAUUCGCGCCCCAUUUCGAUUUUGAUAAGGAAACACCCGGGAAUGGAUAUAGAAGUUUUCUUUUGCUGAUGGACAGAUGUGUCAUGCACUCCGUUCAGAUUUGUAGGGAGAUGUAUAAUCAAAAAGAUUCCAUGAUGUUUCGAAAGAGCCAUCAUAUGAAGGAAGUAGAAGCGUGCUCCCAUCUAAUGGCGGCAUUGUGUACAUGUUUGCAGCAUUUAAUAACACUGCAUUCAUGGAGUACACAAGCGGAGGUGAUGAGUGACGGAAAGCUGUCGUUGUUUUCAUUAGAUAGUUACAGUGCUCAAGAGCUUCUCAACAGAUCAGCAGAUAUCAAUUCGUACUGUUUUUACGGCAGAUGCCUAGGAUUUCAGUUCUGCAAUAGUGUGAAACGUGUGAUAAAAACACUUUCAUUCGCUAUGGCGUCUUUCAGCGAAAUGUAUUAUAAUAACGGCAAUAUAUUCGAACGAUGUGCCAAGUCUGUCAAUUACUUGAUGGAUCCUGAGGCUAGGGCGCGUCGUAUUGUGAACGUAUCUCAGCACGCUGAUAUUUCUUUCUGCCAAACAUUUUGGUUUUUAAAUGAAUCUCAAAUAAUGACCAUGAUGAAUCCUUUGGUGACCAUCAACCAGGUGUUAUCUAUCCCACCUGAAGAAUUGACCCUACCUACUCUGAAUGGUGGUAGCGUUUCAAUUCCGAUACCGACUAGUCAUAUUGGGAAGAAGCCAAUUCAUGUUAGAUUGUUGAGUUCUAAACGACGUCUAGGAAUGGCUGGAGUUGGAAACGUAGGGGGAGAGUUGUUUGGUCUUUGCGACGAAUUAAUUUUUCAUGUUCACGGAGGCGGGUUUGUAUCGCAGACCUCGCGAUCGCAUGAAAUAUAUCUACGAGAUUGGGCUGUAAAACUUGGCGUAUCAAUAUUAAGCGUAGAUUAUAGUCUAGCUCCGGAAGCCCCGUUUCCUCGCGCGCUCGAGGAAGUGGUCUAUACUUACGCGUGGGCGUUAAAACACGCGAGCACAUUACUCGGAAGCAACGCAAAAAAAGUCAUAUUUGUCGGCGAUUCUGCGGGUGGAAACUUGUGUUUUGGCGCUAUUUUGAAGUGCAUACAAUUAAAUAUAAGAAAACCGGAUGGUAUUUUUGGAUUAUAUACACCGAUACUUAUCGAGUUCGUCCCAUCGCCUUCUCGCUUGCUCUGUCUCACGGAUCCAAUGUUGCCGUUUGGUUUUAUGAUGCGCUGUUUAAAAGCUUACGCGGCAACCGAUAACAAGAAACCCACAAAGGAACAAGAGAAUAUUGAAAAAUCAGAUACGGAAUCGUUUGCGGAAGUAAGCGAAAGUGAUCUCAUAGCAUUAGCCCUGAGCCCGAACGGAGAAGGCGCGAACGGCACGCAGAAAUUAGUAUCCUUACCGUCCGACUCAACGUUGAAUUCUGUUAGCUUGACAGAAGUUGAUGGUGCCGAGUGUCCAAAAGAGCAGGCAAAGUCUAAAGAAUAUUUCAGCAGAUUCUUAAACAUGUAUAGAAAUUCUGGGUUCGGUACAUCAUCAUCGCACGUUGCGCAAAAUGGCAGCGGCAGCAGAGACGAUAACAUCUCGGAACAAAGUAACAAAUCGUGGUCUCUGUUCGGUUGGUCUUUGAGCAGGAAAAACAGUAUCAGAGAACUUGAUCUGGAGAAUGCGAAAAGUCCUUCCGAGGAAUUCGCUUUUACGGUACCAAAAGAUCCAUUCUUGAGUCCUUAUCUCGCUCCGGAUAACGUGCUAGCUCAUAUGCCGCCCACAAAACUGCUGACAGUACAUCUCGAUCCUUGUCUAGACGACAGCAUUAUGUUUGCGAGAAAGCUCCGUUCGAUUGGCAAUAAGGUUACGUUGGAUAUAUUAUCGGAAUUGCCGCACGGAUUUCUCAAUCUUAUACAGACUUCGAAAGAGGCGCAAGAAGGAGAAGAAAUCGUUGUUGGAAAAUUGAAAGAAUUGCUGGAGCUGUAAAGUAUAUGCGUAACACGAAGAAUUAUCACUGUUAAAAUCAUAGAUUUAGAAUUAUAAAUGGAAGAACAAAUGCACUUCUGUGUUACGGCUAUUUAUACAGAAAAUAUGUGACUAGAUCUUGUUUCCGGCGGGCUUAAUUAUUUGUAAUGUUUAAACAAACUUAAACAUAUAUAUAUAAACGGCUUAACGCCUUACGCUUGAGCGGUUUUUCUACUGUAUGAGCUACAUUGGCGAUUACCCGUUACGUACGUGUUGCCGAUGUGUUGUGUGCAAUAUCUAAAAUAAUCACGAGAAGAUCCCCAUUAUGUUCGAAUCGACAACAAAUGCUAUAAUUCAUUUAGAAUUAGACAAGUUUAUUUAAGAGAAUCUUUCUUUUUUGAAUCUCAUCUCGUUUAGAACUUGAAGCUAUCGUCGAUUCGGAUAUAAUGGUAGUAGGCCCACUGGGUGGUGUAAACAAAAAAAAAAUCCGAAUCCACAAAUGUUUUUCUCACAAAAAAAAUUAGCGAUAAAGACACGAAUAAUUCUGUACACAA